GUUUUACUUCCUUGUCAGUUUGUUGUAUAUUAGAAUUACAACCUGAUUGUUUAUUUGCGUUUAUUUCAAAUAUGUAAUGAAACCAGAUCCCCAUAAUGGAUAAUGAGGAUCGUGUGGUAGAAAUUUAUGACAAAGCUACUAAAAAAGGUUCUAAAUCUGAUGCAUUAGAGGAUAUUGAUGACUUAAAAGAGAAAUUAGAAAAGAACGAUCAUUUUUUAACUGAAGUCAGUAAUAAAAAUGAUAUUCUUACCAAAGAGAACAAAAAGUUGAAGGAAGAAAAGGCAGUUUUAGUAAAGGAAAAAGAUGAGGCUUUGUCGAGGCUAAGUAAAAUGGCCGGUCAAAAGCUUACAGAAGGAAAUCCAGCCAUCACUGAUCUUGGUAAUCCUAACAGACCUGCAAAAAUAGGAGAACGUUGGGCUUCUUUGUAUUCAGAUGAAUGGACAGAUGUCUUUGAAGAAAUUAUUCAAAAGAACGAAAAACAGGAUAACAAAGACGAAACACCAGAGAAACAUAUUUUAAAAAUUGUAGAUUGGUGUUAUAAGAAGUGCACUGAAAUAUUCAAUUCACAGAACACGUUAAUGCAUGAAAAAGUAUGGGAACUUGUUAGCAUACUCCAUCUUCCUGGGGUGAAAGAAUUAACACUCAAAAAGAAUCAACGAAUCAAUGCAUAUGACCAGAAAGGGAAAGAAAAUGCAGUUUUGAUAAAGGCAAGGGAGUUAUUUCUUCAGAAUGCAAAAGAACAACGACAAUGUAGUUCAACAUUAAUUGAUUCAGUUAAGAAGAAUUGUUAUGAUGACUAUGGCUCAUUAAACAAAACAACAUCGGGGACAAAAAAAGAGUUCGUACGAAAAUGUUCAGAAUUGUGCUGGUAUAUGGUUUGUUCAGAUCCACCUAUGGCUAUUGAGUACGAAAAUAUCGAAAACAAGACCAUGGAUUCCAACAAAUUCAACAAAUAUAACAGAACGGGAACUAUUGUUGAAUAUGUUGUCUGGCCUGUUCUUCUUUUACAUAUUGAUGGCCCAGUUUUAGCAAAAGGAUCGGUUCAGACGAAUAUCCAACCCAAAAAUGAUAGAAUAGUUGCUAGAAAGAAGUCUGUUGAAAAUGUCAUUGCACCACCAUUAGCAUGCAGAUCAAUAUCUAGCGAUGACCAUGUGACUUUUCCAAGCCAAACCACCAACAAUAAUACAAAAAGUGAAAGUAUUCAAGUUCAAAAUAUUCAAAAUGAAAAGACUGUCACUGACCAGUUAGAAAUAUCCGAUAUUAUUGUUGACUUAAAAGAUAGUUCAAAAAAGGACCAAUCUAUUAGGCAAAACAAAGGAAAACCAGAUGAUGACUAUAAUAUGUGUGAGGCUGAGACAUUACAACAGCAAGAUAGUACAGACGAUGCGGGAGUGGUCAGCAAGCACUCUAAAGAGAAAUUUUCAAACCUCAAAUCAACCGGGGUCAAGCUAACAAAACAAAACAUUGCAGGUCCUAAUGUUGUUAAUGGAGGAGUUUUAAAAACUGCGAAGUUAGACCAAAGUUAUUCUGGAGAUUUAAAUACCCAGUACGAUUCUGACAAAACAUGUAAAACUGGCGCAAAUCAAAGUCCAAAUGUUUUAUCAGAUACAUCAAGAAAUAAGAAUUUCAGUGCAUCGACAGAAAAAAUACCAACGGACAAUUCGAAAUCGGACAUUGGAGAAAGAACCAAAUCAAAAUGUGCAGAGUUCAUGAGGUCAGAGGAGAAUGUGGUUAAAAUGAUUGACGAUGAUAAAUACAACGCAAACUUCUUACUUCAAAGUCGACGGAGACACUUACUGAAAUCACAAAGCAUGAUUGAAGAGAACGAUAGAGAACCCAAUGAAAGAGAUGUUCCAAAUUGUGACAAUAAAACGAAAAGAUUCAAUGGCAUAAACCGUACGGUGUCGACAUCUUUUUUGGGCGAGUCUAUCUCAAGAAACAACACGAAAAUGUUCAACACAAAAUACUACGGCAAACCGGAGAAUCUAGUUGAAGGCAUGCCAAGCCAUACAGACACACUUAAAAGAACAUUCGAUAAAGCGACUGAAAGAAGCAAAAUACCGCAACAAUUAACUAAGGGAAAAGAGCAAACAGAAGCGUAAAAUGUAGUAUUUGAUGUAUGCGUGCUACUAAUCAAGAUAUGGUAUAUCUUUUUUU